AUGUCGGCAUCCAAGCACGACUCGGGCAACGGGCCUCAACCUCCAGAUGUCUCUCUGUCUAUACAGAUGUCUCCUCAUGCCAGGGCGAAGCGAAAAAUAGCCACUCUCAUGGAGGAUAUCGAAAUCUUGAAGCAGGACAAAGCGACAAAAAACAGAAAAACAACUUACUAUGUCUCGCAGGGACGAGCAAUUCGUCGUAUGAUUGUCCUUUACGCUCCCAUAGAGGACCUCAUCGCUGAAAAUGACCGUCGUUGUGAAGAGAUAAAUGUCGCCUCCACUGUGGAUCAGGACCGCCUUCAACGUGGCUAUAUCGAACUCACGAAGGUACUUCCAUGGCUUCAUGAGAAGCUGGCUGGUGUUGACCACGAGGAGUCGGAGGACAUGCUCAGAAAGCUCAAGCGAGGCGCGGACUCAGCUCGUGGCGACGACACGGGGACCCUAAAAGACCUCGUGGCUACAUGGGUGAACGUGGAGUAUAGUCCGACUCCGCUCAUUAGGCCCGGCGACAAGCAUCAUCGAGGUUUUGUGAGUGAUGCGUGUGGUAAACUACUAUGCCCAGCGGAAUGGCAUUGGGAAGACGUACUCGUCAAGGCUGGCAUUCGUGACCGCAUGACUGCUUUCAUUGUAUCGGAAAAUUCGUGGCCAUCAUUCAUGUACGAAAAUUAUGUGGCGGACACCAAGAAUCUGGAGCGUGGUUUGAUGAAGUCGAAGUUAUUACUUAUGGCAAGCAACCUGGGGUUCAAGGCAAUAUUUACAUCCCCCUCCUCGGCCAACGAAGUGGAUGGCGAAGGUGAUGGCGCCAAUAUUAUUGAGAACAACCGGCGCGCCCGGAGGCGAUCAGACCAAACUAGGGUAAAAACUUGCGUUGCUUCCAUCAUAGGCAUGAGGAAAGUAACUCCUCGCGCGAUCGCGUACACUGCUUGCCAGAUCCGGUUCGCACUUUCCUCCAUCACCUCCUGGCGCACCGUGGACGGAGACUUCGACUAUCAGCUUUUCUGGAACAACAUCGUAGACUUCUUUGAGGACGCCCCGUGUCCAGCUGCGCAAUCGAGAAUGAAGGAGCUUCUUGAGUGGUGGACCAGAAAAGUUUUUGGCAGAAACCAUCGACAGGACUUGAUGCCGGACGUUGUCUCCAAAAUGUCCAUCAGUGCUCUCGCCGCUCAGAGACAACAGAUGGAAGACGCCACAUUUGACUCUGAUUAG